AUGGGGUUGGAGAAAUCUAUAAAGGUGAAUGAAAAAACGACAAAACCCACGGCUUUCGAGUCUAUGUCUAUAUGAACGGAGCUAUAUUGGAAAGAUGCUAAACAGGGAACACCUAGACCAAUCGGGCAAUUGCCUAGCGUGAAACUGGGAGUUACACCCCAGGACUUGAAUUUUUCCUUUUUGCCGAUAGGUCACCAGAAAUUCAAUUUUUGGUGGUCAACUUCGUAUACCCAAGCAGCAUGCCGCAGAAGUCCAUAGCCCGCCCACUCAACACUCAAGCCGCAAGGAGAGGAGUAGACGUCCAGGCGAAAUCUCACUUCAGAAUUGCCAGGCCCAUCAGGAGCUGAAGAAGGAGAAAGGUAGUAUCCGAGCUGAUUCUUGGGCCAGCGAACCAUUACCCCAAUCCGGACAAGGUGGAACCGAAGACGGCGCAAAGCAGGUGAAUCCAGCAAUGGGGAUCCGUGGUGACUGCGUAAUCAAAACGGCAGACGCCUUCUAAUUUCUAAGUAAGUAAGUAAGUAAGUUUAAAAUUUAAACAAAAUUAGCUCGAGAUUCAUUAUACUAAUUAUCACUUAUAUAUCAAAAUUUUAUUUGUAAAAAAUUUUUCUAUUAAAACAAUUUUUGUUCACUUAAUGAAGGUGGGUUUUUGGAAAAAAAUAGGGAUUUUUUCUAAUGGUUUUGUUCGCUCACGGAGGGGGGAGUAAACAACAAAUGGAGAAGGCACUGAAAUUUGGCAGAGCACGAUACCAAGGAGAAUAUGCAGGCGGAAAGAAACAAGGGAAAGACAGAUUUGAAUGGGCUGGGGGAUUUUUAUAAAGGUCAGCUUAAAGAUUAUGGUUUUCAUAGGGCGAGGAUUUAUAUGAGGAGUGACGGUAGAAAAUAUUUAG